CAGCCAUCUUUCACCUGUUCAGGAAUGAAGGUUAUCGGUAAUGAGCUGAAUCUUGUAUCUAUAAUAAGUGCUUGUAGUAAAAAAUACUGAAUCACUUUACAUCAACCUCGAUUGUGGGCUGUCUUCUGUAAUCACACGAAACUACAACUGAGUAUGGUCUUUAUUAUCUUCUGAGGUAGAUUCUUCAAACUUCUAAGUGAAUUGCCUCUCUUCAAACUUCGUGAGUAGAGUCGAAAAGAUGAAUGCAGCCGGAGUGCUGAGGCUUGGGACGUUGGUACCGAAAGAGGAGACCGUGCCAUUUUGCCCAAUAAGAAAUGCCCCAAUAUGCCCAGAGGGACGGGCGCGGUCUCUACCAGGCUUUCAUCUUAUGAGUAUUGACGCAGCAAGAGAAGCGCUCCCUUCAGGUAUUUAGCGUUCGUUGAUGUGUGAGCAAAGUCGCAAUUCAAUCCUUUUUUUGUCUAAGGUCUACCAUCCUAUCUUCGCCUUAACCAACAUCAAAGGUCGUACCUCCUCAAAAAACAAAAAAGGUCGUUAUCGUGCAUAUGGUUCCGAGUAUGUUAUUCGCGAUUUUGAAGUUUUGCAUCCGAAGGACACGGUUUACGAAUGCGAGGUGUGUCACAAGGUCUUCCUCAAUCAAGGCAGCCUCCAGUAUCAUCACUAUCUUUAUGAAAGGAAAAAACUACAGUGAAAGAUUCGUUUAGACGAAAAGUUAUUUAGAAGUAUUUUUAUUGAAGAAUUUAGAAGUAUUUUUGUUGAAGAGUCUAGUAGUACUAGCUUGUGGACACGAUAAUACUUUGUUCCUUUAUCAGAAAAGUCUAGAAGUAUUGUUGAAGGGUAGUUCUCACCAUGAUCUUUAUCGUUAAGGACGAUCAUAAGCUUGAAGAGUUGUCACUGUAUUCUGGGGGUGGAGUAGGGUCAUCACUAUUUCUCUGAAGCGGGUUCGAGCCUUCUCCUAUUAGGUGCCUAGUUCCUGAUAUUAUAGCUAGUUCCUGAUAUUGGCGCACCUACUAAUUUUUCUACCAGCCUUCCUCUAAUACCUGAAGCACGAGAUGAAGAAUACUUUGAGGGAUAAACAGCGGCUGCGGGAUGCUGCGGAACGACGCAAAAGACAGCGUGAAGAAAUGCAGCAGAAGAUGCAAGAGCAGCAACAGCAGCAGCAAAAGAUGCAGCAAGAACAGCAGCAACUACAUCAGCAACUACAUUCUACUAAAGUUGUUAGUAGACCGCAACAGGUACCUUCUGCACAGGAGCAACGGAGGAAGGUAGAUCAACAACAGGUAGUUGUAGAGCCGAGAAGCACAACAACUGCCGAUCAUGCUGAUAAUUAUGGUAGUAGAACAGACCACACAAUAGGCGGUAUUAUACCCAAUCCACCAGCUGUUCAUGCAGAGCCCGGACGAGCAACAAAUGUCCCCGUUGAUCCUCGCAAGCCUCCAGAACCACACGCAACCUCAUCUCACAUAACCUCUACUAAUCCUCCCACCACUACUACUGAGGCUACGAUCACUGGUACAACCGACCCAACUCCUACACCGAGUACUGGCGCAAUAGAUCCCACAUUGGUUUCAGUACUUUCGUCACCGAAAGGAAGGAAACAGAAAGCAGAAGAAACUGCCGAACCUGCAGAAAAGCGCCAGAAAAAAGUAUCAACGGAACCUGAAAAAAAGAGCUUAUUGAGCUUCGGAGAAUUUGAUGAAGAUGAAUAAAUCAUAGCUCCCGGAAACUUCCCUUCCCCAUGACGCUUUCCCGCCCUCCAUAGUGAUCCUAGCUUGGUCGUAGUCAAAAGACUGAGACUCUCCUUUCCAACUACGCAAUAUUCGCCAUCUUUCUGGCCUUUGUUAUGCAUUCUUUAUGAAGAUGCGCUUGUUGUUUUAGGAUGUUUUUGGUGUGAGCAGUUUUGACAGUGUCUGAAUAAGUUCUGUUUGACAACAAGAGCACUGCGAGACGACUGGAAGAGCAAGUCAGCGAUAGUAGUAAAAUUUGGACGGUAAUAGAGCAUAUCGUGAAUCGGUAACUGCGUAGGUACGAGAGGUAGACUUCUAAACAUUAAGAAAA